AUGAUUCAUGAGCACUUUGCGGAUGCUGUUGAACUUAGAUACCUACAAGGAGCACUUGUGCCAGAGAGUAAUGACGUUGAGAGUCCUCCAGAAGUACUAACAGGACGUCGGAGGGAUUACACCCCUUCAGCACAGCCAGGAUCAAGACUUCCUCAUAUGUUUGUGAGAGUAAACCCAUUAAGUGAGGAAACUGUUUCUACACUGGAUCUUGUGUCAGGAGAUAAAGUUGAGUUCGUUCUCAUCAUAGCACCUGUAGAGGAAUCUUAUCAUCUAGCUCGUGAAGCAUUCAAGGCGGCUGAGGAACAAGAAAUUUCUCUCAGAGUGUGUAUUUUUUGGUCUACGGAUUCUGUUGAAGGACUUGAGAAAGGAAGUGAAGCAGCAUUAUCACCUUGGAAGAAUUAUUCAGAUGUUAUUGAAGUUCAAUCGUCAACUUCAAAUUGGUGGGAUAUGUGUAACAUGACGAACAGAGGGGCCAUUUUAGUUAGACCUGAUGAACAUAUUGCCUGGCGUACAAGUUCGGGAAUUACUGGGGAUCCUAGAGUGGAAAUGCAUAGGGUUUUUUCUGCUAUACUGGAACUUGCUGGGGAUCCUAGUUUAUUCGACCUUUUACGGAGCUUCGUGGACUCGGCCGUCCUGAUUUGA